CAUCAAAGCCAUAAAACCCAGCUUUUGAUCCUCCCUUACCCCAUCGCUGCCUCUUUUAACUCCUCGUUCUUCUGCGUUCUCUCCGUAAUCUUGGGGCAACGCGCGGGGGGAGAUCUAUGAUGGCGGAGAGGGCGCGUGGGCUCCGGCAGCCAUGGAGGAGAUUGGACGACAAGGUCGUGAUGGUCACUGGUGCAUCCUCCGGUAUCGGGCGCGACCUCUGCCUCGACCUCGCGAGGGCCGGUUGCCGCGUCGUCGCGGCCGCGCGGCGGACCGACCUGCUGAGGUCUCUCUGCGACGAGAUCAACGGAGUGGGAGCGUGCUCUGUCGUCCGAUCGGUGGCGGUGGAGCUCGAUGUGAGCGCCCAGGAGGCGGUCAUCGCCGCCGCCGUGCAGACGGCGUGGGAUGCGUUUGGUCGGAUCGAUGCGUUGGUGAACAACGCCGGAAUUCGAGGUGCUGUAAAUUCACCAUUGGAUUGGUCUGAGGAGGAAUGGAGUAACAACAUCAGAACAAAUUUAACUGGAACAUGGCUAGUAUCCAAACAUGUCUGCAAACGCAUGUGUGAUGCAAAACAGAAAGGGUGUGUGAUAAAUAUUUCAUCUAUUGGUGGCAUUGAUCGUGGCCAUUUACCUGGAGGAAUUGCAUAUUCCGCAUCAAAGACGGGUGCAAAUGCAAUUACUAAGGUAAUGGCUUUGGAACUGGGAGCAUUUAAUAUUCGUGUGAACUCUAUAGCACCUGGAUUGUUCAGGUCAGAGAUCACUGCUGGUCUGAUGGAGAGGGAAUGGCUGAAUAGAGUGGCUGAAAGAACAGUCCCAUUAAGAACCUAUGGAAAGUCAGAUCCUGCAUUGACAUCACUUAUCCGUUACCUUAUUCAUGACUCAUCAGCUUAUGUUUCAGGCAACAUCUUCAUUGUUGAUGCCGGCGUCACUUUACCAGGGAUCCCCCUUUUCUCUUCCCUCUGAUAUCAGCUUUUAUUGAUGGUUCCUUGGAGAGAUGUCGGUCCACAGAUGAAACCGAUGUGAUAAGCAUCCUACAUGUGCCUGAAAAUUUGGAUAUGCGGAAGGUACAACAUCACUGUAUGUGGAUCACAUGCAAAGAACAUAUUGCAGAUGACGAAGCAUAGUUACCUCCCAUAAUUCCUUCAUCUGAUGCUACGUCGUAGUUGCAGCUCAUUCGACUUUGUUAUAUCAUUCCAGAGACAUUCCAGUGCAUAAUUGGGCCACGUUCUAAGAAUUAUCUUCAUGGCCGUCCGGUUGAACUUUAUUGUGAAGUAUUUUUUCUUUUUAUCCCUUGUGAAUUUGGCCAAUUUGAGGUAACUCGAAAACUGUUAGAUGGCAAUGCUUCUGUUUAAAGUUGAAAUAUCAAAUUAAGGGGAUUACAAGUUAAGCUA